AGGGCCCCGCCUCCGGGCCCGCCCCCGCCUCCGGGCCCCGCCCCCGCGCCCGGACCGGACCCGGGCCCGAGACAACAGGUGGGCGGGCGGAGAGUCUCUCGCUCUCCCUCGUGGUGUCGUGUUUCCCAGGUGUGAGGAGGAGUCCCGGAAGUCAGCAGGUCCGGAGUCCAGAUUUCCAAGCCAGGAAUUUAUCGGGCUGAUGCUAGGGGGGAGCAGGAGCACCCCCAGUACUUGCCCCACCGGACGCUGGCGGAAUGUCGGAGGAGAGACCCCGGGAAUGUGUGAAGCCAGCGAAACUAGAGGCCAGGGAAGACCCCCAGGAACCAGAACCAGACGCCAGGGUGAACCCCCUAGAAUUUGCAAAGCCCAGUGUCACCAACCUCCCGGGGAAAACCAGCGACUACUACCGCGUGGCGGAGAACCUGCCGGCCAGGUUCAACAACCCCUCCUGCUUCCGCGGCUACAGGAGCAAGAAGCCCGUGGCCCUGUACAGGACCAGCAACCAGACCUACGGGGGCCAGGCGCCCACCGUGCACGAGAUGCCCCAAGUAUUUUAUCCAAGUUCGAGAAAGUUUUCAUCACAGCUUACAAUUGGGGGAAUGUUCCAGAACAACGCUUUGAACGUCUACAUGGAGAAGAGCAUUGUGACAGGCCCCGACAACUUUGUCACCUUUGACGACCGGCUCAACUUCCACCCCAGUUACAACGCCAGCAAGCCGUCCUUCUGCUGCUGAUGGCAGGCGACCCCGCCCGCUCAGGCCACUUGCCAAGGCAGCCCGUCCCCCUUCCCCCCAAAGUGCUUUUAUUCCCUGGGCUGAGAACAUGGGCCCCCGCCUCACGUCCUCUCUCUUAAACUUCACCUCUAAGAUGCAGGAAGGAUGCUCACGGCAUGUCUUUCCAUUAAAAAGUCACACCUUGGACCCCCGGCUCAGUGAUGAGUUGGGCAGGGCCUUGGGGGACCCCACCUCCU